AUGGCAGACUCCAAAUCCAAAGGCCCGGUAACAGCGCAAACCAACGCGCGGGGAAUCCCCGUCGCGCCUUUUAUCGACAAUGUCGACGAGUAUGUCUCCUCUCGCGCAGAGGUUGAGGGAACUCUCCGCAGAUUCCAGGAGAUGAUCUCCAAGUACCAGUUCAUGGAGGUGAACAGCCAGAAGCGCGGGCAGGGACUACGGGAGAAGAUCCCGGAUAUCAAGAAGACAUUGGAGAUGGUGCGAUUCCUGAAGUUGCGCAAGGAGUCCAACCCGGAUACCGAUAUCGAAACAAACUUUGAACUCAAUGAUACCCUCUACGCGCGUGCUUCUAUCUCCCCGGCUGAUACGGAAGAAGUUUACCUCUGGCUUGGAGCCAAUGUCAUGUUGGCGUACCCGCUGGAUGAAGCCGAGAACAUGUUGUCAGAGAAGCUCUCUGCGGCGGAGACGAGUCUGGCUAACUGCGAGGAGGACCUGGAGUUCUUGCGUGAGCAGAUUACGACGCUGGAAGUUGCUACAGCUCGUGUGUACAACUGGGAUGUGGUGCAACGGCGGAAAGAGAAGGCUGAGGGCAAAGGAGAUGAUGAUGAUGAGAAGUCGCGACCUGGUUGA